GGAAGGGGGAGCAGCUCUGGGAAUUCAUUAAUAGGUGGGAGGAGGCUAGGGACGUCCAGGGGGCGGACGACUAGGGCCUUGAUCGUGAUGCUCCAAGCGGCACUCCCUCAAGGGGAUGUGCGCAAGGAGCUGCGACGAAAUCCACUCCCUACCUAUCAGGAAAUGCUGGCCAAGGCGAAGGCGAAAUACCUGGCGUUAGAAGAAGAGGAUGAUGAGGCGCCUGUCUAGAAUGAGAAAAAGGGCGAGCAGCCUGCGGGAGAAGGGAGGAAAAGGAAAAUUUGGUAGGGGAAAAAACCCUACAGGGUAUCAACCGAGCAGGCUGCCUGUCCAUACAGUCGUGUCUUUACCGGCCCCUCCUCGCAGUCGAGAAAGCUAUAGCGUUCAAGACGCACCCAAAUACUGCAAGUACCACCGUAACAGCACCCACAACACGUUGGAGUGGGUUAUGUUGAAGGAGUUAGAUCAGCUGAUUGCUAGAGGGCCGCCUCCUCGACCGGAAUGGCAGGCAUCGGGGAACAGAACAUGGAGGAGACCGGCAGCUGCCGCCACAGCGAUCACCAACGGGGAGGGGCAGGAGGACGGAAGGCGAUAUCUAGGGAGAGAUUGUGAGAACUUAGAUGAGGAAGAAAGGAAGAACAAGGUCCACCUGGCCGAGUUGCAGAGGCCACCGCCUGAGCGGAAGAAGAAGGAACCCUUGAUCUUCACAGAUGAAGAUUACCCGCCAGUCCUUAGUCCCCAUCGGGAUGCACUGGUAGUGAAGGUGAAAAUCAAUAAUGUGGUCGUCCAUCGCACGCGGGUCGAUACCUGCAGCUCAGUCAACAUUAUGUACAACAAUACUUUCAAAGAGCUGGGCUUGUCUCGAGGAGAUCUUAAGCCAAUCCGCACCCCACUGUCAGGACUCCCUGGGCACACCAUUGAAGCGGAAGGAACCAUCACAGUGAAGGUUGGGGUAGGAGAUGGCACCCACCGACUUUUGCUCGACAUGGAAUUUAUGGCACGGAUCGACGAGAACGUUAGCACAAUCUGUGCCGCGAUACAGAAGGAGGAAGGGAGACCCAGGGCGGAGGUGGCAGAGGAAGUACAGGAAGUUGCCCUGGAUCCUGCAAAGCCGGAGCAAAAGGUGAAGGUAGGGGAUAUGCCCGACGUCGACCCGCGAAUCAUUUGCCAUAGGUUGGCAGUAGAUCCGGCCUACAAAACAGUCAAGCAGAAGAAACGUUUCCUCUCCUCGGAAAGGAGAUAUUUUGCCACAAAGGAAGUCACUACCUUAGAGGAGCAAGAUGGAAGUUGGCGGAUCAUAUACACUGAUGGAUCGUCCGCGACUGAUGCUUCGGGGGGUGGAGUCGUGGCGAUAUCACCAGAAGGUUUCCAGGCGUAUUACUCUAUAAGGUUCCGUUUCAGGGUCUUGAACAAUGAGGCUGAGUACGAGGCGCUCCUAUGUGGCUUAAGAGAAGUUGAAAUCAGAGAUCUGGAAGAAACAAGUAGUCCUGCUGUCCCUUCCCAAGAGGCGAGCUGCUCACCUAAAUUCAGGGAAGGUGGGCAGAAUCAACAAGUGGCAAGGAAAAAUCUGAAGGGCUCAUUUGAUGCAGAACUAGAACCACUCACAGAGAAUAAUGACAUUGGUGAUGAGUGUAAUCAUAAACUUUAUGUGGCUGAGCAUUUUGAUGAGAAACAAAAUGAAAAAGAAAGAGAAACGAAUGAGAGUGAAGAUCAAGAAAUUGAUACUGUGGAGAAGCUUGUGGAAGUUGGAGGACUAAAAGUAGAGAAGAAAGCAGAAAAAGAUGUCUUCGUUGAUGUUGAUUCCGGGGAAAGCCAAAUGGCACAGCUUGAUGUUGGUUCUGUGGACAAUAUCGUUGCACAUGCAAAGGUGUAUGGAUUCUCCGGGAUAGAUGACCUCACCCUACAUGGUGAAAAAAUGGGUGAACAAUAUGCAAAGGUGUCCAUUACAGAAGCAAUACAAGAUGUUGACGUUCCAGUCCCAAUCCCUGGUGAAGUAUUUACUGUUGAACAAGCCAAAGGAACAUUUGUAACAUGGCAUAAGGAGCUGAUAGUCUUGGAUGUGCUUCCUAAAGGAAAGCAUGGUAGGGACGCUUGCAUGUGGGAACAUAGGGCAGAGGUCACCAAACUUGCUGAUCGCUUUAAGGGGGCCUGUGAUGGACAACACUUUCUAAUACCGUUCAAUGACGUGAAUCAUUGGGCUUUGACUUUUGUCAAACCUAAUGAAGAGGUACAUGGACCCCCUUAAACGGCGUAUAAAUAGUCAGGAGUGGACUGAAGUGGUUGAUAAUGCUAUAGUUUUGUACAAGAAUACCAUGAACACACCUAUGUUGAAGAAGAAAGUGUCCUGGGAGAACAUGGCGGGCAUCCCGAUGCAAAAAGGGAAUGUAGACUGUGGCUUGUUUGUAAUGCAAUACAUGAAAGAGAUCUGU